CUCAUUUGGCCCCUGGCUCGUCCACUAAGCACAACCCCUAGGAAAGCUUUCUCUCUGUUUCUUCUUCUUAUUCCUUUUCUCUUGCCUUGAAUCGCGCACUCGAGUGGGUUUCUGUAAAUGCUUCUUCGUGUGUGAAGUAUAUUAUAUAUACGAGAUUCUAGGAGAGGGUUUGGAAGGAAGGAAGGAAAGCUGGGAAAGGCAGGAGAUAUAAGGUUGGAGGGGCUUUUCGGGUGUAUCAAUGAAAUCACAACGGCUCUGGCCUUCUCUUCUAGGAUGACCUCCGACUCCGCCUAUCGGGUCCAAACCACUUCGCGCCUCGCGCAAUGGCGGAUCGACAAUCUCUCCUCCUGCACUUACCGCAAGUCUGAUCCUUUCAAAAUAGGUUUAUGGAAUUGGCAUUUAGUAGUUGAGAAGAACAGAACAUUGAUCAUUAAAGUGUACCCCGAGAUUUCAAAUCUGACAAGGGAUAGCCCUCCUAUAGCAUCAUUUAUCAUUAGAGCAAUCUCGUCCUUCGGUGAUCGCAAGACUUUGGUUCACCCGGAAGUUGUAGACAAGCAACUUAAGACCAGUGAAGACUUCGUUUGGGCAAUUGAACUUCCAGCUCCUGGCAAAUUCAUCAUUGACAUUGAGUUUCUUGAUCUGAAGAUCACCUCUCCAAAGACAAGAGAGCUUUGCUCAAUCUGGGCUGAAGGCUUCACAGAGAAAGAGACUAAUGCGAGUGCAUUAAUAUCACUGGGCCGGAUGUUGUCUGAAAGGAUCCACACUGACAUUCAAAUCAACACCGCAGAUGGGAGCAUUGCAGCCCAUCGAGCCGUUCUUGCAGCCAGGUCACCUGUAUUCCGAAGCAUGUUCUCACAUGAUCUCAAGGAGAAAGAGCUGUCUGAGGUGGACAUCUCUGAUAUGUCGGGGGAAGCUUGCCGGGCUCUUCUUGGCUACAUAUAUGGGAGCAUACAGAACGGGGAGUUCUUAACCCAUCGAUUAGCUCUCCUUCGGGCAGCUGACAAGUAUGACAUUGGGGACUUGAAGGAGACGUGCCAUCGAAGUCUAAUGCAAGACAUAGACACCAAUAACGUCCUUGACAGGCUCCACAAUGCCUCGCUUUAUCAACUCCCGGAGCUGAAGGAAAGGUGUAUGCAAUAUCUUGUGAAGUUUGGAAAGAUAUAUGACAUCUCAAAUGACUUUAAUGCUUUUCUUCAGUAUGCAGACAGAGAGCUCGUCUCAGAAAUUUUCCAUGAAAUUCUAGCUGUAUGGAAAGGCUUCUGAUCGAAUUACUUCUAUAGUUAGCAUAACUAUCCUGUUUUUAGCUGAUAAUAAAGAAAGGGAAAGUAGCAAGCAAUUAAUUGUGCAUUUGUUAUUACUGGUGUAGAUGUUAAUUGUCUUACAGCAUUUUACAGCAUUGUGCAUCAGAUGACAUAAUAGUAUAUUAUAUUAUAUCUCCUGAGUACGUAUAACAAUGAGAAAUGCUGACGUGAAUUGGAGAAAUUAGAUGAAUGUUGGGGUACUAAUUUAGAAUUCCCUAUAAAAUAUUCUUCUCAUUUCCUUUAAAGAGUGCUUUGUAAUAUGU